AACGCAUACGUCCACGGUUUACCGCUAUCACCCUGCGCAACGUAUGGAAUCAGUCCUUUUCUGUCCUGAAACCUGAAGCCAAGGCGGAAACACAAGCUGUCAGUCCCUCUGCAGCUCGUCAGCUGGGCGUGUUGCUGACUCUCUCCAACUGAGUUUACAACAACUCACCAACUCACUGUUUCCUCACCGACUAACAGGGCGCUGCUACCUGAAGUAAAAGAAGAUGUGGUUUGCCAAACAAGUUAUCGGCGGCAUCAUCAGUGCUGUCGGCGACAUCGACCCAUCCCAGUUUGUGCCUGCUGAACCUCCUCCACCACGCAGGCCAGCUGUAUAUGCAGAGCAGCAUGAGAGUGAUGAGGAGAGACAGUUCCGCAGAGUCUUCCAGCAACUCGCUGGAGAGGACAUGGAGGUGAGCCCAUGUGAGUUGAUGAACAUCCUAAACAGAAUCAUCGGAAAGCAUGGAGACCUGAAGACAGAUGGUUUCAGCAUUGAGUCUUGUCGGAGCAUGGUGGCAGUCAUGGAUAGUGACAGCACUGGAAAACUUGGCUUUCAUGAAUUCAAAUACCUCUGGAACAAUAUAAAAAAAUGGCAGGGAGUGUACAAGAGCCAUGACACGGAUGGCUCCGGUGUCAUCGGUGCAGAUGAGUUGCCGAAUGCUUUCAGAGCGGCUGGCUUCCCUCUCAAUGACCAGCUGUUCCAAAUGCUCAUUCGCAGAUACAGCGAUGAGAGUGGGAACAUGGAUUUUGACAACUACAUUGGCUGCCUUGUGAGGCUGGAUGCCAUGUGCCGUGCCUUCAAAACCCUGGAUAAGGACAACAAUGGGACUAUCAAAGUCAACGUUCAGGAGUGGCUUCAGUUGACCAUGUACUCUUGAGUCCAGACGAUGUCACUCCUGCUUACAUGGAACCACUUUUUUUCAUUUUCUCAAGCAUCCCUACAACUUUCUGUUAUUCAGCUAAUCCCUGGUGUGUGCAGGUUUCUUUUGAAUGUUAAUGCUAUGCAAGUGCUGUUGGAUUGUUCACUGUUUCUCUUACACUUCCAAGACAGAAUAGAUGCUGUAUUUGCAACGCAAAAAAGCACAAACCUGCAUUCACAAAGGUACCCAUCGCUAAGGAUCAAAUCAUUAAAUUAGGUGCCUAAGAUGAUAGUAUGUUCAAUUGAUGUCCACUUGUUUUGCUUUUGCUUUAAAUCUUCCUCAUGCCCGAGAUGAGGUAGGCCAACAUCAAGAUGUAUGACACUGAAAUUUGUGAAAAACCUAAUGUGAAAAUCACCUUUUAACAUGUAGUUGAGGCCAGUCUCCCAAAGAUUGUAUGUUACAAGGAUCUGUGGAGAUAAGCCAAUUUUAGUUUUGCUCCCAGGCUGUUUUAACUAAAACUAAAAUGCUGAUGUUGGGCAAAAAUAAAGACUUAACACUUUCUGACACCUGCUGGCAAAAUCAGGAAAGCCAGCUUCACUCAACAUUGUGAAAAAAGUCUUCCAAAAGGCACACAUUAAAUAGGGGCUAACAGGGGUAGCUUGGCUGAUGUUUUUUGGUUGAAAUGGCCAUCCACUUAGUUGUUUCCACUUAUAUUGCCCCAUUAUAUCCUUGUCAGAACUAUCUGGGUUUGUACAGGCUGCUUACUAUUUCCAUCUCUCUGCUGUUAUCUUUGUUACACCUUUUAGCAUUCAUUUAUACAUGGACUUCAGUGACCUUGUAAAUUCUCACACUCCAGUUGGUACAGCAACACUAAUGGUAGUGUUGGGGAAAUAGUUUUUAGUCAGUGUGUACACCCUAUGCAGUCCCAAGUCCAACUUGUAUUAAAUAGGUAAACAAGAAUGGGUGGACCAAGUAAUUGCAGAGGCUUCCAGGUGGAUAAAAACUAGACGGCUUUGUUAGACUUGUUAUUCCACAGUCCUACUCAUUAUCCUUGUAAAAACAACCCCAAGGCCAACUGACAGGGGAUUCUUGCUUGAAAAAAAAAACAGCAAUGUGAGCAAUGCUUCAAGAAAAGA